UUGACUGUACAAAAUUCGAGAUUAAUAAUACAAUGUAAUUGGAUGAAUUUUAUCGUGAGAAUGACAUCAUCAGUUUGAGAUAACAAUUAGUGAUCUUAAUCAUCGUAAGAAAAUGUUAACUCAAUAACUCAACUUAACGCAAUGACAAUUCAUGUUACCAAUCAAAGAGCAAAGAUGGAAUUGACUAAAAAAAUAAGUUCAUAACCUAAAACAUCGGGGCAACUCAACAUUUUUUUUAUCUACCAUGAUUUGAUAUCACUAUUCCUUCAUCUACAUAUUGUAUAUUCUUUCGUCUCGCUCAAUUAACUUUAGUUUCUAGGCCUGAAUGAUUGAAUGAUUGAUUGUCGGGAGGCCUGAACUCAACCUAGUUUCGUUCUAUCUCGUUCAUCAGCCGUCGGAGAAAUAAAAUUUGCAGAUCGGAGGCUGGAUCACGGUGGAUUCCCUAGCACCGGAUCCGGCCUCUCCGUCUUUUUUUUUUUAUUUUAGCCUUUGCUUCUCAUGUCCAUUUUGUUGCUGCUUUUUUGGUGAAUCAAGAAUGCGACUUGGGUUUCUAGGUUGCGGUGGUUCGAUCCCGGCGAUGCUUCCUGUCUGAGGAGGGUUAGAGUGGUGCUCUGGUCCUGGUGAUUCCUUCUCCUCCUCGAGGCUUGUUUCUCGUUGAGAGCAGAGAUCUCAGAUUUGGUUAUGGUGGAAGGUGGUGUCUACUACCAGAAUCGGUGGUGGAGAUCCUUGCUUGGGGCUUCGUCUUUGGAUUGGUUGCCGGUGGUUACGAGGUGUGGAAACGUUUUCUCGCUUUUGCUCCUUGUCGGAUUUGUGAUACCCAUCUCUCUCUUCUUGUUUCAGUUGUUAUUAUCUUCCGUUGGUUGGUUUAGUGUAGUUUGCGGAUUUUUUGACCUUCGAUUGGGGAGUCUUUUGGUUUGAUUUGAGUGUUGAUUUUCUGAGUGUGUUGAGGAAGCGGUCAGAGCGGCUUGUUAUAUUUGGGUUCUCUGUUUAUAGCAAAUAUGGUGAUGCCGGUUCUGUUAGUUCAACGGUUGGUUCGAUGAAUAAUGCCAUUGUGGUUUGCUUGUUCCUGUCUCAAUUCUUGUUGUCGGUCUCGUUUUUAUCUCUGUUUCUAAGCCGCCGUUGUGGAAUGGUUGUGGGAUUUCGUUAGCACCGUCCAACAAUUGUCUUUCCUCUCACUCCUUGUCUCUUCGUUUCAGCCAGCUGUUCCCUUUUAGUUAUUUCCCUUCCUAAGCAGAGGCUGCGUUUUGUUUUGAAGUUGUGUUAGUUCUCUAAUUUUGCAGUACUCUCUCUUCUCCUUGGUGUUGAUGUUGUUCGCUGUGGUAGAUAGCUGGCUUGAUCUAUUGUCUUUCUCAUAUUUGAGAGCGGUGAUAAUCGAGGGCUUAGGCUUCGCUCCUUGUACUUUGCUUUCCAGUUCUGUUUUGAAUGGAUCACAUUUUGAAGACUUCUAGCUAGACGCUAAUGGGCGCAUCAGACGUCGCUAUCGCAUCUAGAAGCUUGUUCGAGGCCUUAUAAGUGGUUUGCUUGCUGGGUUAUGAAGUUCUUGGUUCUAGGUUUCGAGAGAUUGGCUCUCUUCGUGAUGGGAGGUGGUAGUUGUUAUCCUUGGGUUGGCCGUGGGCACCCGUGAUAAAUUUUUUCUACAGGAGCUUCAGGAGAAGAGGUUUUUGCUUUCUUAGGUCUAGUGUGUUUUCUAAGGUUCAUGCUUUUUUGCUUCUGUUCUUAGGUUAAGGGUUUGUCCUCUUUCGAUUUUGGUUUGAAAUUUCUUGCUUUGUGGUUUUGUUAUCUUUAGUUUCCCUUUCUAUAGGGCUUUAGUUUCUGGAGAAAUUUUGUUUCCUCCGGCUGUUUCCGGAGACUUGUUCGUCGUCCGCUGGCUUUAGCUUUCCUCUUUUAAGUGUUUGUAAUCAUCUUUAGUUCUAAUAAGGUUUAUUAAUAUAGUUUAGAU